ACGGCACUGACUGGCGGCACUGACUGGCACAACCCCUGGGCACUGACUGGUGGCACUGACUGGCAGCGCUGCUGGGCUGCACUGGUGGGUGGCACUGGUGGGCAGCACUGGUGGGUGGGCACAGGUAGGUGGCACAGGUGGGUGGCACUGGUGGGCACAGGUGGGUGGGCACAGGUGGGUGGCACUGCUGGGCACAGGUGGGUAGCACUUCUGGGCACAGGUAGGUGGCACUGCAGAGUGGCACAGGUGGGCGGAGCUAGUGGGUGCACUGCUGGGCACAGGUGGGCGGAACUUGCGGGUGGCACUGCU